AUGCAUAGUACAAAACAAUCGACUUCUUUUUCGGAAUCUAUUAAUCGUAAAGUUAAUGAUGUGAUUAAACCACCUAUUACAUCAAGCAGACGUGCAACAACGAUUGGCAAUAUUGCACGAGGAUCUUCCGCCGUUAAUAAUUUAUCUUGCAAUAUUCGAUCUGUUACUACAUCAGCAAUGAUGACAUCAUCCGCAAGUCAUCCACGUUUUCAAAUACAACGAUCUCCUAAUGAAAUAAAUACUAAUAUAUCAAAUGGUUUACCAAGUGUAAAACCACCACGUGAAGUAACUAUUCGUGUUAAAUUUAUUCGUCUUGGUGAAGUAAUUACUUUACAAGAAAAAUUUUUCGCUGAAAUUGUUAUUGAAGCACGAUGGUUAUAUGAUCGUACAGCAGCAUCAUGGAAUCCAAAUCUUUAUGUUAAAAAUGCAAUUGGUGAUAUUAAACAAGAAAUAACUAGUGAAUUAGUGGAUACAUUAGAUGAACCGAUUUAUUUAGAUGAUUCAACACAUGAUGUUAUUUAUGUAUGGGAAAUACGUAAAGUUGUUGGUACAUUUUGGGAAAAACUUGAAUUAAAUAGUUUUCCAGUUGAUGUUCAACAACUUUCAUUACAAAUUGUUACUAAAUGUCCAACAGAUGAAUGUAUUCUAGUUGAAAAUCGUUUUCAACCAUCAAUGGUUAAUCGAGAAGCUUUUCUAGCACAACAAGAAUGGUUUCUUUAUGAACAUAUUGAAACACGUUCAACAAUAACAACAGAAGAUUUUAGUUUUCGACCUAUCCGUCAAUCGACAUAUCUUGUUACAUGUUAUGUUGCUCGUCGACCUGGUUAUUUUUAUUGGAAUGUUUAUUUACUUAUUUUUCUAAUUACAGUUAUUGCACUUACUGUUUAUGGUGUUGCACCUGAACUUCCUCAAAGUCGUCUUCAGAUUACUUGUACACUUUUACUAACAUCAAUAAUGUUCCGCUGGUCGGUAUCACGACUUCUUCCACCUGUAUCCUAUUUAACAUUAUUAGAUAAAUAUACACUUAUAUCAUUAGUUUUUAUUUCUCUUAAUUCUAUAUGGCAUUCAAUUAUUGGUUAUCUUAUACGAACAAUGAAUGUAUCAAAAUCUAUCGAUAAUUAUGUACUUGCACUGUUCACAAUAUUCUUCUUCCUAUAUCAUAUUAUAAUGGCUAUUUCUUUAUGUCAAGCAUUGCAUCAUCGUCAUUUAAUGCUUGAAAAUGAUCGUAAAUAUGCAUCAAAAUUAGCUGGGAUGUUUGAAACAUUUGCACAAGGUCAUCAUGCUGUACAACGUUUUAAAGAUAGACAAAAUUCAAGUAGUGCAUCUUUAUUUCUUUAA